UUCUAAUUUCCCCUGUUAUCUAGUACUACUGUUUAUCUUGGCUUGGCAGAGAAGGAGAAGGAGGAGGAGAAGGAGAAGGGAAGGGGGCAGAAGAAUGGAGAGAGCUACACCUGUACGGAAUCCCCACACUUCCACCGCCGAUCUUCUCACUUGGUCGGAGACCUCCGAUUCCGCCAAUGUCUCUCGUUCCGGCUCUCGUUCCCAUCAACCUUCCGAUCGGAUCAGUAAAGUUCUGUUUGGCGGUCAGGUCACUGAUGAAGAAGCUGAAAGCCUAAAUAAACGGAAGCCUUGUUCAGGGUAUAAAUUGAAGGAAAUUACUGGAAGUAAAAUAUUUGCUGCUGGUAAUGAAGAUGGAGGACUAGAAUCUGGAAAUGCUACUUCUAAUCCUACUAACAAAACAGGACUACGUACUUAUCAGCAAGCAAUAAAUGGAAUAAGCCAGAUUUCUUUCAGUGUUGAAGAGAAGGUUUCUCCCAAGAAACCUACAACUGUCCCUGAGGUAGCAAAGCAGCGUGAGUUAAGCGGGACACAGGAAAGUGAGUUGGACAGUAAUAUUAAGAAGCAGCUGUCCAAUGCAAAGUGCAAGGAACUCAGUGGAAAUGAUAUUUUCGGCCCUCCUCCUGAAAUUCCUCCUCAGUCAUUGCCUGCCACACGAUCCUUUGAAGCAAAAGAAAGGAAAGACAUGGUCGAACCUGCACCGCGAAAUGUACGGACGUCUGUCAAAGUUUCUAAUCCUGCUGGAGGUCGGAGCAACAUUGUAUUCGGUGAAGAACCUGUGGUGAAGACUGCAAAGAAAAUACACGACCAAAAGUUUGCAGAGCUGACAGGCAAUGACAUCUUCAAAGGAGAAGUCCCUCCAGGAUCGGCUGAAAAGUCACUGAGCGAUGCUAAGCUGAGAGAAAUGAGCGGCAGUGAUAUAUUUGCUGAUGGAAAGGCAGAAUCCAGAGACUACCUGGGAGGAGUACGCAAGCCCCCUGGUGGUGAGAGCAGCAUUUCGUUGGUGUAAUUGUUUUGAGUAUUUGCGAUGUAUUGCCACUAUGUCCAAUCGCUCCUUUGUCCCAUGUUUCGACUGGUGAAGCAUCAUUGAAUGCCUGGUACUUGCCCUUGAUGGAUUUUGAAUUGGUUAACGUAGUUUAUUAUAUGUUAUAAUACAGCUUUGGGGCUUAAAACAUUCAGUUCAAAAAAAUGGGGAUGGGGUGACUAA